AACUUUCGCACCAGGUGCCUUGAGGGCUAUGGUGACGCGUCUCCGACUCCGGCCCUCAUCGAUGUAUCUCCGAGCGACGUCGAAAUAAGAGUCAAGAGACUGGUGGAAGGCUACCGCUCUCUACAAACCGAGCACGGAGAAGUAGUGGCGCGAUACACAGCUGACCACCGGAAGUGGCGGCGGUUCAAACAGUGGUUGCUCGUCGGCAUCGCGGAUAAAGAAAGACCAUCACGGUCGCCCUUGAGCGAUAAGGUGGCAAAAGAGAACGUGGCUGGCGGUACUAUAGAGCGAGAUGCAGAUGCUGCCGCUCGAGAGUCAUUGUCCGCGGCCGCAAAUUUUGUACAAGAUCAUGAGUCAAACUCCAACACGCUGGGAAAGCGGCGGGCACACGAGGACCCUUCGAGUCCAACUUCGAAGCGUAAGGCGAAAUUUGAGGGCUGUCAGGCUGCAGAAGAAGAGAAUAAUAAAGCUGUGGAAGAGAUCGCUGCCAAGCCAUUACAACGGAGAGGUCGGUAUGCUCACUACGG